AUGUCAGCGCAUGCCUCUUCCAAAGGGCGGUCGGGAGACGAUCUCCUAGAGAUCUUUGGAAGUGACAUAGCCGAAUCUGGAGAGUCCCCGGUGAAAGACAGAAUUAAUCUGUUUGAGAACAUGGGGCGCCCGCCCAGCAUUGAAGAGAGCGCCCGACCCAUGUCUCGAGUCAAGGGGAGUGAACCAUCGGAAAGCUCCGUUGAAGAGGAGUUGCACGUGGAAAAGAGGCAAACAUGGCAGCGCAGGCUCGCGUCCCAAACGCUACGAUCAGUGUCUCUCACAGGUCGUAGAAAGCUGCGCAAAGAACCCAAGUCAAGGAUUCCCGUCCUGAAGAAGCGCCGUCGACCAACUCCCGCCGCGGCUGGCUCACCAUCAGCUGUCUCUACCGAUUCGAAGCGAGAGUCAAGCUUCUCCUUCAAGGCGACUCUCCGAAAGAUCUCAAAAUCCAGCAAGAACUCCGAGAGCCGGCUCCCUUCCGCAACAGCCACCCCGGUCGGACCAAGGGCAACCCCCUCCAUUGAACUCCUGAACAAAACCGCCAAAAUCGCCCCUCGACCCUUCCACAGGACCCAACCAAUCCCCACCCACGAGAUCAACGGCAUGCCAACCCAAGAACCGGCAUGUAACAGCCGGCUCACAUCCCGCACUCAGCACGCAAAUGAUGGCACAAACAUAAGCACAACGGCGAGCGUGACUAGCGCCGGUGUCUCAUGGGGUCGCCGCGCCGCCGCUGUCGCGUUGGAUAUCGGGCGCCGCUUCAAGACGCAGACCCAAGCCCAGGCGCGCAAAGCCAGCUCUUCGGGGCGUUCGGGGUUGUCGUAUUCCACGCUGGUGAACACCACGCCCGUGGACGGGGAUGACCGUGGGUUUGUGGCCGGGGGCUACGGCGGGGAAUGGCUCGGCGCUGUCCCUGCUGACGAUGCGGUCGAGGAAGCGAGAUCCCGGCCCGCCACGGCGAUGUCAAUGGGCGGAGUCGCGGCGGGGUAUGACUAUGGCCGCGGCCGCGGGGGGUAGGACGCUGCUGCGCCGGUGUCGCUGCCGGUGGUGGUGGUGGGCCUGCAUGACUGCCAUUUGGUGCAUCCGCGGCCGGCGAGGGUGUUGGAUUUGGGGCGGAUUGGGGCGUUGGAUGUGCCGGUUGGG